AUAUGAAAAUGUGACAGUUAUCUGACCUCUGUGACCUCUGUGUCUCUGUAGAUCCGUACUACCAGGACCCGUCCAGGUGUGAUCCAGAAUCCAGUCCAGACUUUCCAAUGGACUCUAACAACCUUCACUGCAGAGGACCACACGGAGAUCGGUGUCGGUGUAAAACGGUCAGAAUGACCAUGAAGACGUACCUGAGGAACAACUACAACUAUGUGAUCAGAGCCCGGGUGAAGGAGGUGAGGAACCGUGGUCUGGAGCCCACGGCUGUGGUAGAGGUGAAGGAGGUGCUCAAGUCUUCUCUGGUCAACAUUCCCAAGGAGACACACACGCUCUACUACUCGUCCUCCUGUCUGUGUCCUCCUCUGUCUCCUGGGGAAGAAUACCUCAUCAUGGGCUACGAGAACGAGGAGACGUCCAGGCUCCUCCUCAUUGACACCUCCAUUGCUCAGAAGUGGAAGGACAAGCUGGGCAAGAAGGUCAAGAGAUGGGGUCAGCUCGGGCAGGGCAAAGGUCGAGGAGGUCAGCGUGGGGGUCUGAGUCGCCACUGAGAUCUGCCCGUGUGUGUGUGUGUGUGUGUGUGGAUAUUGCACUAUCACUGAAUGUAGUUCAUCCCUUCAUUUGUUUUGUUGUAUUUUAUUUUCUUUGCACAAACAAUAUUUAGUGUGUGUGUUUGUCAGAGUGUGUGUGUGUGUGUGUAUGUACCUACAGCACUCAAAGACAUUAUAGAAGGAGGAGCUUUUUUACUAUGCACAGCCAUACAGUCUGUACGUGACACUUUUAAUCUCCAGUGGCGGCCAUUUUGGCUCCAUGGCCUUUGGUAAGCCUGGAGGUCGACCAUGUUGCCAUGACAACGGGAUGGAGGACAUUUAAUGGACGUUUGUGCUUCGAUGAUGGGUCUGUGACCACGAUCUGAACUUUGACUGAACUGAAGAGAAGGAACAAGGAUUCUCCUUAUUAUCAACCAUAGCAACCAGAGAGAGCAACUAUAACAACCAGAGAGAGCAACCAUAA